AUGUAAUCUAUAUAACUAAUACAAAGAAGCAAUUUAAUAAUGUACUUAAACAUGCUAGAAUUGAUAACCCAUAAACUGUAAUUGAAAAUUAAGAAUAAAUUGUUGGUUAUUAUUCUUAGUUUCAUAAUAUCCUAAAAAUUAAAAAUUACAUAUUAAAAUACCAAGGAUCAAAAAUUUAUAUUUUUUACAAAAAUUAAGCAAUAUUUGUAAUUAGAUUAUACCAGAAAAAAUAUUGGAUGA